AAAUAUAGCAAACACAAAUGUGACAAUCUCACGUGCAUAAACUUUUAUAUCAAUGAUACGGUAUGGUGUCACUCGAAGUGCCAGGAAAAUUGCACAGAAGACGGAAAAGAGAGUUCAACGUCGUGCCGGAGACCAUCGCGCCAUGCGCGAACACCUGCGGCGUCACCGGCAGUCCUGCCAUCAACAUGUGUCAAAAGUGCUUCGCCUCAACCACCAUGUCCUCAUCCAGCUCCGUCUCGGGGUCCUCAGUGGCGAUUCCGCUCAAGUUCUCCGAGGUGAGAAACCCCCGUCCCCCAAGAUCUACCUUCCCGAGGUUGUCUCCUGCGAGGUUGGUUCCAGAUCUGAACAACCAGGCCCGGCCGAACAAGACCAUUGAGAAAAGCGAUGAUGUCUCAACAUCUGCUGCCAAGAGUGAGGUCGAAUUGACCCGAUUCUGCUAAAGUGCGACGAGGGAGUUUGGAUGGUGAAGUUUGGUGUUCGUUGUUGUGAGGUGCAGCUGGUUUUUUGGAGAACGUCGUUCAAGUUGGGGGCGGUCUGGCAAAGGGUAUUUUUGUCCUUCAAGUGAAAAUUAGUCCUAUCUAUGAAUUAAAAAGUCCGAACUCCUAUUUGCCUUCGGUUCGUAUGUUUUAGUCCUAUUGACGUCUUUUUCCCAAAUGUGAACUCCUCCACUUUUAAUCAAUCAUUGGUACACACCAACGAUUCGACCAUUUUUGGAACAUAAAGUAUUUCUAAAAGGAUCCACAACUCGUUUUCCGAAAACUGAAAGAAGACUCACUAGCAACUGUGAACUUGAUAAUGCAAAGAUAUCUUUUGCAAACAAUGAUAAUAAGUACACUCAUGGUACAUCAAUUCAAAUGCCAAUGCACACCCAACUUGAAACAAUUUCCCAGUUCCAAAUGACAACUAAAAGCUUCGUAUGGACAUCGAGCGAUUUUCAACAUGGACUCCAAGCGGUUUUCAACAUGACAACUAUGGUGAUGGCGGCGACAAUAGACUGCAUAUUGUGAUUGGCGGUGAUCACCUUAUUAUUCGUUAGAUCGAGUUAUUGAAGUCCAACGUUUAACACUUCCGUUUUCUUUUCUCGGUUUAUCGGCUCACCCGCAAAAAAAGAGCCUGGAUGUCGUCUUUCCCGAUUCAUUCCUCCUUAGCUCUCCAUGAAUUCGCAGACCGCAGAGCUUAGGUUGAGAGGAGUCUUCUUCUGCCAAGCCUCUCAGCCUCCAUGGAGUACAAGCAGCUUCAAUAAACAUCUAUGGCCUCACCGGGAACUCCAAUCUCUUUUCAAGAAAGCUUUUUGUCGUUUCGGCUAAUUUGGGAAAAGUCUCUUGGGCGGGGAGAACCAUCAAUUUCAGCCCAGCUCUUUCAAUCUCAUGAGAUGAUACAUAGAUAUCAACAGAGGAUGAGCGGCAUCUGGGGUAGGUCAAAGACAAGUUCGGUGCUUAUUGUGUGCACUUCAGUUUUCCUAAAAGUUUGGUGGUUGUUGAGGGGCAUUUGACAGAAGCGGAUGCUAGAGAAAUAGAGUUUGAGAAGCUGGUUAUUGAGUAUAUUUAUUCCAAGUUAAGUGUAAGAACGAGAAAGAUGUUUGGGUCUGACUCUUGGAUUAAUCAGAAACUUUAUGCUUGAGAUGAGGUUUUUUCGUCCAAAUUUUCCGCUAGCCAAGAUCUUCCCUCCUUGUUUGUCUUAAUCAUGAAUUCCCCACUUGCAGGUCUGCGGCAAUGUGUUACUGCUCCUAUUUCCAAACAAAAAGUCCCUCCCCUAAAGGUGAGGACUUUAGGUCUACAAGAUCUAUGUACUAUUGAGAGAAGAAACCCCUCAAGGCACUAUGCCAUUAUCUAAGGUGAGAUGGACUUUCUGAGCGUGAGAAGCUUCGUCCAUCCCUUCUUUCCAGCUCUGUGCUUCUGGUCGUGUUGCUCUCCAUAGUGCCUCUUUCCCAUCUAAAUUCUAGGGUUCGCAAAAAAAAUCAUCUGCCGAAACCGGCAAGAAGCUGCUCCGUCAUGGAGAAUGACUACCAUAGGUUCAGAGAAGCUUCAAAGUGUCACUGGGAAUCUAUGAAACUGUGUUAUCAGAAGGCUGCAUCAGCUUCUACCAAUGAAAAUCUGUGCUGCUUACCUUUCUGAACAGGUAAUUAACUUAUUGGAAAAAGGAGGUAUUGAAUGGUGGGAGGAAAAUAGAGGAGUAUUGCUCAUGAAGCUUCACGGGGAAGCAAAUUUUCUUGAAAACCAAAAUGGUUCUAAGCUGAAGUGUUGAUCCCUUAACAUGCCACCCUCAACUGCUUAAGUCAUUGCACUCAUCCCUUGAUCUGUACUGUCAAAACACAAAAGUCAAAGCAUUAUAAAGAAACAUUUCUGGUUAUACAGUAGGGGGGACUUUUACUAGAACAUGGUUGUGUUCUAGGUAAUUUCCUUCAUCAGUUCAGUAUCCACAGGCUGAAAAUAUCUUUUGCAGCUCGGGUCUGCCAAACUUUUCAUGAUAACACUAUAUCUAUUAGCCUUUUAAUUUAUUUUCUUUUCGACCCAAACUUACUUUAAUCUUUUAUUCAAACAAAAGUAAUUACCUGAUAAUUGACUGAACUAUGGUUUAGUAAAUUUUUUGUAUAAUAAAACGACAUACUUGAUAAUUUAUUGGCGGCUGUUUUUUCAUAGUAAAAGUUUGUUUGUUCAUUAUGAUGACAAACUGCCCAAUAUGAUGACACUAACAUCCCUUUCUUAUUUAGUUUUUAUUCACUCUUGCUUCUGAUUUUUUCCCCAACUUGUGAUUUUGUAGGUUGGUGAAGUUUAUAGGUCUCUUAACUUCACAUUUUUCAACUAUGACAAUACUUACAUAUUUUACUUAAGCGGUUUGUUAUGCAUAUGCAAUUAGAACUCCAUUUGCAACUCCAUGGAUUACUGAGGUUCAGCUUCACUACCCAUCUUCGUUCAUGUAGUUCCUGUUAAUGCGAUUGCAUUUUAUGUUACCUUAGCCUUCUGGAUUAAUAUCCUUUGUUAAUUGAAGUUGUUUUUGCGAUUGCAUUUCUCAGAUUAUUGAAGUUGUUUUUGUUUAGGUAAUUUUGAGUUUAACUAAAUCUGCCAUUUCCUUUUUGUUACUGAAUAAAAACGGUAUGUAACUAAACUUACUAAAGUCCAUGUUUAACUAUUUCAUUUCUUC